AUGCCUAUCACCAGCGAUAUCACCCUUGAUAUUUCCAAGUUCAACCCGGAGAAUGUCACGGAGCCAACAAAGAAGGCCGCAGCUCUGCUGGAAACUAUCACCACAAGCGGGCCCCGAUGGUGGGAGGUAGGCAUUGAGAAAUAUUGUGAGAUGCGGGAACUUGGUCAGACGUCCCUGCCCAAGCCCGUCUAUCUGCCGGAGGCUUUGGAUAGCACUAUUCCAUCACGCGAUGCUGGCCGUGAGAUUCCGAUCCGUGUCUACAAGCCUGAUAAUGGCGAGCCCAGUAAAGGCAUCUUCUUGCACUUUCAUGGUGGCGGUUUCGUGCUAGCAACGCACAAGGAUUUCGAUAGCGUCCUGCGCGAAUACGCCAACAAUUGCCAGCUAACGGCCAUUUCGGUCGGAUACCGUCUGGCCCCGGGACACCCCUACCCGGCUGCUGUGCACGAUGUCAUUGAUGCCGCCGAGUACAUGGUGGACCACGCGACUGAAGUAUACGGUGCGCCCCUCCGCUUUAUCGGCGGAGAAUCAGCAGGUGCAUGUCUUGCCUCUCUAUCAGCUCUACAGCUGAUGCGAUCAAGACCCUCUUACAAACUGUCAGGUCUCAUUCUUCCUUACGGCUUAUUUGACCUGGGCCUCGGACUUCCCACAAUGGCAGCUGCGACCAAGCCCCUUAUGAUCAAUUUGGAAAUCAUGGAGCAGUUCAACAAGGCGUAUGUGCCGGGUAUGAGUAUCGCCGAGCGCCAGCAUCCUUCUAUAUCCCCGCUAUAUGAGGACCUCAAGGCCCUGGUUGCGGCCUCGCCCAUUGGAUCGUUGCCUCCGGCUCUCUUCCUCUGCGGAACAGAGGAUCCGUUGCUUGAUGACACGAUCCUGAUGAGUUCGAAGUGGAGCAUUGCUGGUGGCGAGGCUAUCGUCAAGAUCUACCCUGGUGCCACCCAUGGUUUUACUGUGGUUCCCGGUCUGCCUGUGGCAGACGAGGCAAAUGCUUUGGCCCUGCAUUUCAUGCAGGAGAAAUUGAGCGACUCGGCGUGA